GAAUGAGCUGGGAAGGAAUAAAGUCCAUCUGUGACCAAGCACCUGGGGCUCCUCUGUCGCUGGCAGAGUCACCAGGAGGGAGCAUUAAAUUGCUCUUCAAAUGAGUCAGAGCUGUUGUUCCCCAGGAGACGCCACUGGUGCAGCUUAGGCUCUGUGGACAAGUCUGUUGGGGCCCCUCUCACUCUUGCCUGUUUGCCUUGCAGCUGUGUAAAUGAGUAUGGAAGAUUAUGAUUUCCUGUUCAAAAUUGUAUUAAUUGGCAAUGCCGGUGUGGGGAAGACGUGUUUAGUCCGACGAUUCACUCAGGGUCUUUUCCCCCCAGGUCAAGGAGCCACAAUUGGAGUCGAUUUUAUGAUUAAGACAGUGGAGAUUAAUGGUGAAAAAGUGAAGCUACAGAUCUGGGACACAGCAGGUCAAGAGAGAUUCCGGUCCAUUACCCAGAGUUAUUACCGAAGCGCCAAUGCUUUGAUCCUCACCUAUGACAUUACCUGUGAGGAAUCUUUCCGUUGCCUUCCUGAGUGGCUGCGGGAGAUAGAACAAUAUGCCAGCAAUAAAGUCAUCACUGUGUUAGUGGGCAAUAAGAUCGACCUGGCUGAAAGGAGAGAGGUCUCCCAGCAGAGAGCUGAAGAAUUCUCAGAAGCUCAGGACAUGUAUUAUCUGGAGACCUCCGCCAAGGAGUCUGAUAACGUCGAGAAACUCUUCCUUGACUUAGCAUGCCGGCUCAUCAGUGAAGCCAGACAGAACACACUUGUGAACAAUGUAUCUUCACCCUUACCUGGAGAAGGGAAGAGCAUCAGCUAUUUGACUUGUUGUAAUUUCAACUAAAGGCUGAGGCAAGAAGCAGCACACGGCAUCAGUAGCUGCCCUGAUGGGCUAUGAGUUGUUGAGGUGAUCGGCGAUGACUAUGGCUCCCGCUCUCAGACCUUCUGACUCCUGUGGGCUCCUGAGCUUACAAAGCAUGGCAGGCCAAGGGCCUCGUCCACAGGCAGCAUUAGCAGAAAAUACAAUGGUUUCACUUUCUUGCAGUCUGGAGUUGGAGCAAGGAGAAAAUUGCACUAGAUGCUCCAUGAUCUACAGAGCAUGUUGCUUUUGUUUUUGUAAAAAGCAAGUAAAAGCGCAUUCCUGAACACAGUCCAGGGGAAAAUGUACUGUAGGGAUCCCUCCUGCACGUCAGUGGGUGCAUGUGGGGACUUUUCUUCAGGGCUUCAGUAGUAAUCUUCUGGGGACCCUGGUUUCUUGUCUACCAGAUAAACUAGAACUGGGAAGGCCAACUACUGUCUCUGUGGUGUGUAUUGAGGACCCCAGGGAGAUUCUGAAAAGUGUUAUUUCUCUUGUCCACAGGUACUUUCAAGGACUUUGGAAUAUAAAAAUGAAAUGAAACCUUUGCCCAUGACCAACAGUAACAAUCAUUGUUUGAAUAAUAUAAACAAGCUCCAUGACUCUCUGGUGCUAAUGAUUCCACACUCUCUCACAGACCAAACGUUUUAGUACAUUGAUGUCCUUAAGUGUAUUAUAUAGGAAUAAACACAAAAAAAUUGGGGAAGUCCAUGAAUCAGCACUCUUUCUCAAAAGUCUCAUUACUACCUUUUCUAGGGUGGAUUUGUCGGAAAGUGGAAUUCUUUCAGGUUCCCUUCUAAUUCUCUACUAUUUUCUUCUAGUCUCUCAUCUUUCCUGCCCUUUAAGUAAAUGAAAAGGUUUGGAAAAACAAUAACAACAACAAAUGGUUGAUGAUAUUCUAAUAUUAGAGAUUAUCUCUAAGACAUUAUUAAUAUGAGAAAACAGACCAGAUAUGACCAAAAUACUGUGGACGAGUGAAUUGUAGUACAGGGCUCCAUGCAGAGCAGGCCUUGGUAGGUCACACCUUCUACUUCCUGGUACUAUCCAUCUUGGGCAGACCAAGGCUUAGAAUUUUGUAGAUGUUUUUAGUAUGAUAAGUGAGAAUAGCAACAGAUGAAAAGCCUCACAUACCAUUUUUGUAUCUUCAAUGAUAACGUUAGAAAAAUUCUGCUUGUAGAAGCAGAUUGGAUGUCAUUAUCCUCUCCUUCUUGUAAUAAUGUAACUCUCAGACUCAUAAUCAUACAUUUUCCCCUGUUUCUCUUUUCCUCUAUUUCCCGAUCUUCCCCUUCUUUGCUCCUUAUUCCUUUUUUUUUUCCUUUCCAUCUUUAUAUGCAUGUGUUACUGCAAUCUCCAAUUCAAAUGGAGGUGUCUAUGCCAUUACUUAGCCAAUUUUAAAACAGGACUCCAAAUGGAAGAUGUGUUACAAGAUGUGUGUUCCUGUUUCUUCAGUGCCAUAACUUCCAAUUUGUUCACUGAUACAAAUGCAAAUUGGGAAAAUAAUUAAGCCUGUAAGUUGUUAAUGCUGUCAGAAGUGUCUGUAGACUGCUGCCUAGCAUAAGCGAGGGAUGAGUAAUGGAAUAAGAUAUGAUAUAUAAUCCCACUGUUGGCAUAGAUGACAACAGUCUUGUUCCUGAUGUGUUGAUGUUUGAAAAUUAUUUAAUUAAAAAAAAAUGAGGUACAUAGAGACAUGAUAUUGAUAAAGCAUUUCUAGUAUUUCUCUAACAGGUCCCAGAGUGACUAAUCUUUUGUACAUGGGAUUAUACAUAUUGACUAAGGGACUGAUACUUUUGGUUGAUCUCACUGUGCUUUUCUGAUCCUGUGGGAAAGAGAAGAGGAUCCCAGAAGUUUUAAUUAUCUUUCUUUUAGAAUCUGAAGAAAAAUAAUUUUAGGGGGCUGGCAGGUGGUAUGGUGGUUAAGGGC